UGGAAUGUGAUUCCCUCUUCCAUUGACUAAACACCGAGCAGACUUUGACUGAAUGGAGUCAAGAGCCACGAGUCAGCAUUAUUAUUAUUAUUUUCUCCAUCUGCAUUUCCCCUCUCGACGGUCUGGUAUUUGUAGGGGCUGGGCAUCGCAAGAGUAUUGCAUUUCGACAUUUCUCUCUCUGCUGGUUAUAAAUCCGCGGGAGGUUGAGUAGUCACGCGGAGCUGCCAAGUGAUUUCUAAUACAGAGGACUUCUUAGCAACAUCGGGCGGGGCAAGACGGGAGCACAUACCGCGGGGUCUGGUGUUUGAUUACCGGGCUGCUGACUUUUUGAAGUUUGAUAAAAGCAGUUGCAUCCCUCCUCCUCCGCACUGCAUACUUAACGUUCACAUCAAGAGAUGGUGUAGACAGUGACGCAAAUCAUCGCAGUAAUGCUCCUAUGAGAUUUUUGAGUGUGCCGUGCUUGCUGUGUACCAGUCGUAUAGGCCUAUGUGGAGAUGCAACACACUACGAGCCUCAUCAUCAACACAGGAACGUACACACUGAUUUAGUUCUGGAUACAUGCUGUAGCUUUUGACAGUAGCUGUCGUCGAAACACCAAAGGGGCAAAUCUAGUGCAGCCAUGGCUGGAAUGAACAUUGAGAUCAAGAUUCCUUUAUCCCAUCCCCGUGUUGAGUACAGUAUUUCGGGCGGUGGUGACAGAGCUUCGAUUCCCAUUAUUGUCUCAUCUAAUUUACCCGUCUCUGCUUCGCACCAGCAACCGAUGAUCAAACGGCAGAUUUACUCCAGCACCGCUGGCCCACAACAGACCACCGUGACAUCAGCGACCCAGCGGACAUCAUCUGGCCGCCGUGUGGAGGUGAACGUCCAGCCCACUGCACCGACCACACCCACCCUAUACCAAGGCUACUAUGUGACAUCACCGGUGACGGUCAGCAACUCGUCGCCCUUCGAGUCGCAGGUGCAAAAACCGGUCAUCACGACGAAGCUCGUGAGCCCACCACCGCUGGAAGCACCGGAGCCGGCCCGCCAGAGUAGCCGGGUCGAAUGUGACGAGCAUCGGUUCAUGGUGACCCUGGAUGUGAGCCAGUAUCGUCCGGAGGAUAUUGAAGUCAAAGUGAAGGACAACAAGUUGACUGUGCACGCCGAGCAGAGAGAGGGCAACACGGCCUCGGGAUACGUCCAACGUGAGUACUACCGUCAGUACACACUGCCCGAGGAUGUCGACAUCAGCCUCGUCAAGUGCUCGCUCUCUGAAAGCAGAGUGCUGACCGUGGAGGUACCCCGAGUGCCAGCCGAGAGCAACCGGGAAAGAUUUAUCCCAAUCACCAUCGAUGGAAGCAAAAUGUCCCCGGGAGGUGGAAAGCGUACGUACUUUGUUGAGGAGAUGACGAGUGACGCAGACUCGUAUCGAAAAUGAAAAAAGGAUUAAUUUGGAAUCUUAGGCAACUACUGUGCAGGCAAUGAAUCAGAAUGUAAGCGUGAAACUUUUUGUUUGUUUUUGUAACUAUAAAAUACUUUACAGGGUUCAAAAACCAGUUGCCAAUCGCAAUAGACCGAGAAGUGUGCGCGUAUCCGUGACAUUUUGGGGACUACUUUGAUCACAGGGCACGAUUUCACAAAGCACUAAAGAUUAAUGAUCACCAUUUGAAUUUUGACAUCAAACUUUGCUUAACAAUUAUUCAGAAUGAUUCACAGUAUCAUAAUCUUAACUCUUUAUGAAAAAUCGGCUACAGGUUCACUGCUUCGACGCAUGAAUGAUACAAACUUGCACUCUUCGGGUCCCGAUGUUCAAACUAUGCGCGAGACUUCCAGUCUAUUGCGCCAACAUCUUUAUCAAACAUUAUGGCCAUAUAUUACGAGAUUUUUAAACUCACAAUGAGGGAAAUUUAGAACCAGUUAACAAAAACUAAAGGUUGUUAUAAAUAAUACAAUUAUGUUAAUGGAGUCACAUCUCUUUUCAGUCCAGUGCAUAAUGCCGCCAUAUUAUGUGAACAUAACGAACUAUACAAUCUAAACUGUAUAGGCCUACACAGACUUAAGCCUGGAAACGCAACCUAAAUACGUCAUUGAGAUAUUUGUAGCGUGAAUUUGUACAUGUCACAUUUCUAACAUGAUCCAAACCCUCAAUGCGCAAGAUGGGAACUCGACACCGAGACAAAAAUGCCGGCCAGCAAUACCACCAACCCGUAAUGGAAUGGCAUGCUGACCAUCAGUGCGGUCCUUAAGCACACAGUCAACCGACUCUCAACCCCUCAUCUCCAACUGUCAAAUCAUCCCGGUCGUGAAAUUCCCGUAAAAGUUCAUCAUUACGGAGGGCCAACAAGCACGCGGUGCUCGAACUGAAUACGCAAUUAUUCUAGCCGUGAAUGAAGAAUGUGGAUCUCGUCGUGGAAUAUUUACUCUGUAAGCUUAUACAGUGCUUCAGAUAACAUAGCCAACUAGAUCAUGGAAUGAGUUUUGUGAUGGAAGAGCAACACAUGUAGCUCCACUUAAAGCACGUGGAAGAGUCGAUACUUCAUGAGUUAAGUUUUGUGUACAUACACUAAAGAGGUAGAAUGUGUUUCUGUGUGCCCAUCCGGCACAUUAAAGUAAAGGCGUUUCAAUUGACUUCGUCUAAAAUAAUAAUUUCCGUUUCGUGAGGCAAAGCGAGUGUCACAGAUCCAUGAACAAAAACGAGCAUGCACCUUUUGAAAGGGGAUAAAUUAAACCCUCGAAAAUAAAGCCAUCUUUACUUUCAAUUCAUGACAAGGGACACAUGACUGGUAGCGCAUGGUUUGGCUCUUGCGAUACCAUAAACAAAUUCGCAUAACAUUAUGGAAGGUGUCAAUCAGUGACUGUGAUUUGGGCUCAAUAGAACUGCUUAAACAUAAAUUACUGUUUAACAAAUGUCUGCUUAGCAGAAAUGAGCAGGAUACCAGUCACAAUUUGUAUACGUUUGAAAUGGUAAUUUAACUGGUAACCUUAUUCUGGUAAGCAUUAACAUUUUUAUGCUGAGCUACCUUUCGUGUUUACGAUGAAAUUGGGCCCAGAUCUUACAAAAUGAGAAUUAGUCACUGUAAUGUUCAACACACGGCCAUUACAUUGGAAUGCGAUGUGAAGUUUUGUAGAGUACGACACAAUAGAAAGUUCUUUCGUUGAAAUGAUUAGAUAGUAAUUCCUUCCUACUUGUGUUAUUAUUCCUCAGUUAAAAUGUUCAUCAAACAUAACUAGAUUUGGGCUUGGGCUCACGCUAGGGCUCCGUCUGUCUGAUUGAAGUCCCGUAGGAAAGCGCGAGUUUUCUAAAUAACUUACGGAGCCUAAAACCAACUCAAGCCCAAGCUAUGGUUUCGAAAAUCUCCCAGGCUACAGUGUGGUCGUUGUGGUAAGGUUGGCUGUAUACUGUUCCCUGUACUGACUGUCGUACUGCUAAAGAGCCAUACUUUUAACUCCCAUACUUCACAUGCGCAUUUGAUCCACAGUGAUACCGGGAUGGAUUUCACAAAGAGUUAGGACUAGUCUUAUCUCGAGUUAAGACCAGUUACUAGUCCUAACUUAGGACUA